AUGACCGCCGCAGAAUCCUCAAAGAGCGGCGAACGACAUGAUCAGGAGACUCAGAGAGUGAAGACUUUCCUCUCCGAACGGGCACCGUUGAUCCUCCUGGCAUCCUUUGGCGGCGCGCUUCUCCUGACAGGUCUCACAGGCUCGGUGCUCAUGAAGCGAGCCGCCCAGGCGAGUGAAGCUUCCGCAAGUACUUUGCCCUUGGCAAGGCUAUCUCGGAACAGACCGCGUCGUCUGAGGCAGCUUCUGCUCCUAGACACCGCGCCAGACAGACCAUUCGAAUUUAGAUCCAAUCUGUCCUUGCUGCGACCACUUGCACCCCCGCCAAAGGUAGACCUGAAAGGCAAAGGACGAGACACAUCAGACGACGACGACGACUUCAAUCCAGUGCUCUAUGCCAGCAAGGCAUUUGGGAUUGCCACGCUCAUCGUCGCCGCAAGCGCGACUGGCAUUGCUGCCUUUCUGUCAUGGAAGCUGGACGUCGACAGUUUCGAAUCUUUUGCGCUGACGCUGAAGCACGAGAUGCCCUCUCGUCUACAGCGGUGGCGGCCAACUUUGUCGCCGCGAACGCCAGCGACGGAGUCCACAUUCUCAGUGGACGACCCAAUGCGAGCUGCAACGUUUCGGGAGUACACAGAUCAGUCGAGCUUAGAGGUGCAACCAGCGCCAGCUGACUGGCUAGAGGAACUCGAAAGUGAAGCGCGUGAGCAAUCAGCCGUCAAGCGAGCGCGAUGGGAAGCAUGGAAAGCCCAGAGAGAUGCUGCCCGAUUGGGGCCAUCAACAAUGCAUGCGUCUUGA